AUGCAAUUCAUCUGUAGUUUGAAUCCUCAUCAAUAUACAAUUUUAAUCUUGUUAAUUUUCUAUCAGUGGCGGGAAAGUUUGUCCUUAGCUUUAAAGUUUUCAGUUUUGAUUUAUUGCUCUAGAAUCGAAUCUGACCAGUGUCCAUUAUCAUGUGAAUGCUAUGAAAGCAAGAAAGGAUCUAUAAAUAUAGCUUGUGGUAAUAUUGAAGGAUCUUCAUUAUCAGAUUUGUCAGAGACAAUACAUGUUCUCACAUUUUCUAACAUCACAUUUGACGACAGAGUUAUUUUUGGACCCAGUUUGAAUUUCAUCCCAUUCAAUCAUCUGGUUAUAGAGAGCUGUGGUGGAUCAACUCAAGCUACAAGCAAUCGCCGUGAUCGACUUAUUGCUGAUAAUGAUACGUACAGUGAUAUUCCGGAUCACAAAUCUUUGAGCAUUACUAAUAGUCGACACAUCUUUGAAUGGAAAUGGACAUCUUUUAAUUUUAAACAAAUCCUAAUUGAAAAUUCAACUUUAUUUGCUUUCCAUUUACCCAUUUUAACUCGAAAAUUUGUCUCUAAAGUGAUCGGACCCAAUGUAACUUCAUUAAGUCUCAAUGGAUGUAAAAUAACUUCAAUUCAAUCAGGAGCAUUGAGCGAUCUUGGCUACCUUAGAUACUUAGAAAUCACCCGAAAUGAAGAGCUGUCAAGAAUACCGAGAGAUGCAUUACCUGAACAAAUGAAACAACUUUGGUACUUGGAUUUGAGUGAUAAUAGUUUAGAAUAUAUUGAACUCAAGAUGUUUCAAGGUAUGCCAUCUCUGACCGAAGUUAAUUUAUCUGGUAAUAAAUUGAUCAGCUUAGAUUAUGAAAUCUACAGAAAUAUCUGGCCUCAGUUACUGUAUUUCAAUGUUAAAGGAAAUCAAUUGUCCUGUCAAAAUCUUUGUUGGUCUCUUGAACUUGGUAAAUUACAUUACCCGUUUGCCUAUGAGGAUACCGUUUGUGAUUUAAACAAUGGAAAUCUAACAAAAUUGUUUAACUAUGGCGAACAGCAAUACUUCUGUAAUGAUGACAAACUAAUUGAUUUAAUCGCGACAACAACAGCUAAUUUACGAAUAAUAGCUUAAAUAACAUCCGACUGCAUGCAGAUAUUAAACAUCGACAUUUUAUACCGUCAAUUAGAUGUCCUUUAAAGAGUUUUUGGGUUUACACGAUUUUCUUUACAUCUUCUGUAUGUAUAAAAUAAUUAAAAUAAUCGUUUCAUCAGAUGAA